AUGAGUGAGGAUCGAUCUCCGUUCUCUACACAUGGAUUCUCUGUAGUAGUAGUUAGAAAUUUUGACGGGAAAUGACUUGCGGUGAAAGAAACUAGGAAUCGAGGCUGGUGGCUUCCAGCUGGAUUGGUAGACCCAGGGGAAACUUUUGUAGAUGCAGCUCAUAGAGAAUGUCUUGAAGAAAGUGGUAUAAGGAUUGAGCUGAAAGGUAUUUUAAGAGUUGAACAUUCUGUAUAUGGCCCUACACAUGCUAGAAUGCGGGUUGUUUUCUUCGCAAUGCCAAUUGAUGAACUGCAAAUCCCUAGCUCCUCCACUAUAGAAGUAAAACUAUUAAAAAAAUCCUGAGAAAUUGUCCCCUUAGCGAGUAGAGCAAAAUAUUUCUACAUGCAAUAUUUUAAUAUAUAAAAAAUUAUUACUAUAGUGAAAUCUCUAGCUAAGUCAGUUAAAAAUGGAACUAUUCUAGAAUAUAAAAUUACAAAUUAAAUUACAAUAUCAUUUUCACAAAUUUGACUUCGAAAGAAAAUAAAAGCACGAUCAAAUAUAUUGCUCUCUAAUGGGAGGAUGGGGUGAGGCGGAAAAAAACCCCGCUGGGGUUUUUUCCGCCAACUUUUUCACCGUUAAAUUUAUAGGAAAAUUUUGAAUUUUCUCCAGAUGUGGAAAAAACCCCAAAAAAACCCCAUAAUAAAAAAAAAAGUAGUGGCGGAAAAAACCCCAGCGAAAACAAAAACCGUCAAAGUCAGAGGAAAAAACCCCAAUAUACAAUAUAAUUAAAUGCUUAAAAUGAUAGGCAAAUAUUAGAGAAAAUACAAAUAAAUAUUUAUAAUUUAGUUACAAUAAAUCAAUUAAAGCAAUAUUAAUAUAUAGAUGUAUAGAUUUAUUCUCAAAGUAACUAUAAAGCUAUGAUUAACAAAAAUAAUAGAAAAAUAUAAAAAUCAACUAUAAAAAAAAUUUACAAUCAAAACCUGGCGGAAAAAAAAACCGAAACGGUGCAAAAACCAGAGGAAAAAACCCCGAGUAUGGGGUGAAAAUUGGCGGAAAAAACCCCCAAUGUUUUUUUUUUUUUAUAAUAAUUUUUUUUCAAAUAAUUAUCAGCGAGGAUAGAUUUUUAUAUAACGAUGACCCCCCAAAUCUUCAUGUCUAUUGCAACAAAAAUGCAAUUUUUUAAUAUAAAAAAUGUUAUAUAGAAAAAAUAAUUUUCAUAUCUCUUGCAACAAAUUUUCGAUGCGCAUCUAAAAUUUUUUCCACUUUUUAGCAAGAUAAGUUUAAUAAAAUGGCGAGCGAUGACAAUAGCCGUCCAAAUCUCGAUGAGAAGGUCAUUGACAUACCUGCAGCAGCGUUGUUUUAUGAUUUUUUUGAGAAAAACUCACCUAGAGAAAAAUGCAUUAAAUCUUUUUUAUAAAAUGUUGUGUUGAGUUGGCAUAAAUUUUUCUUUUGAAAAUUUUUGUUGCAAUAGACAUGAAGAUUGAGGGAGGUCAUCGUUAUGUUUGUGGAUUUUAUAAUUAUUCAAUACAAUGAGUGAAGCUGAUACAAUUUAGCAUAUUUGCUCCAGUCUCAUCAAUCAGGUUAAGACUAAGUUAUAUGCUUCCUUUAUUAUGUGUUUUUCAGGAUAUGUCGAGGAUGAAUAAAAGGUGAGCUAGUCUUAUGCGUUGCAGGCGGAUACACGUUUUGCUAGUACAGGAUUUGUCGUAGUGGAUACAAGGUGAACUAGCAUAGCCCCUAUAUGUUAUUUUGAUCCCUGUAGAACAAUAUCUAAAUACCAAAAGUAGCUAUCUAAACAUUCUUCUAACAAUGGCAAAGACCAUUUGUAUGGCCAGUUCACGUUUGGCUUGGCAAAUACAAUCUAUAGAAAAAGUUUGCAAAGCCAAAUCUGUACUUGCUAUAAAAAUAACAAUUGUCAUUGCCAUUUUUACUUGUAAGAUCGCUGUUUUACCUCUUAAGGUAUUCUUUCAUAGCGAUCUAUAUAGGAUAUAUCGCAGUUGGAUGCAGGAUGAUCUCUACAGGAUGUGUCGCAGGCGAAUACAAAAUAAGCGAGCAGGAUGUGCCACAAGCGGACGCAAGAUGAUCUAGUGCAGUUUGUGUCGCAGGUGAAUACAAGAUGAGCUAGUACAUGAUGCAUCGAAAGUAAAUAUAUGGUUUAAGUAUUGGAUAGUAUUAAAGUAAAUUUUUCACCUUCUUGUUUAUUAUUCAAAUAACUUUUUAUAAUUAGAACGCUGAAUGAUUUAGCAAUAUAUAUAUUUCAUGGAUUGACAAACUAAAAUGAAAUAGCUUAAUAAUUAAUUAAUUAGCAGGUAAUAAGCAUUAAAAAUCUAUCCUCGCUGAUAAUUAUUUGAAAAAAAAUUAUUAUAAAAAAAAAAAAAAAUUGGGGGUUUUUUCCGCCAAUUUUCACCCCAUACUCGGGGUUUUUUCCUCUGGUUUUUGCACCGUUUCGGGUUUUUUUCCGCCAGGUUUUGAUUGUAAAUUUUUUUUAUAGUUGAUUUUUAUAUUUUUCUAUUAUUUUGUGUUAAUCAUAGCUUUAUAGUUACUUUGAGAAUAAAUCUAUACAUCUAUAUAUUAAUAUUGCUUUAAUUGAUUUAUUGUAACUAAAUUAUAAAUAUUUAUUUGUAUUUUCUCUAAUAUUUGCCUAUCAUUUUAAGCAUUUAAUUAUAUUGUAUAUUGGGGUUUUUUCCUCCGUUUUUAGCACCAUUUGAGGGUUUUUUCCUCUGACUUUGACGGUUUUUGUUUUCGCUGGGGUUUUUUCCGCCACUACUUUUUUUUAUUAUGGGGUUUUUUUUGGGUUUUUUUCCGCCUCACCCGGAGGAUGGGUAAGACAAUUCCUGACAAAGAAUCUGAAGAAGCCAGGUGGGUAACAUUAGAUGAUUUAAGAAGACUAGCUAAAGGCCGCCCAGGACUAAGAGGUCCAGAGCUAUAUGAAUGAGGCGGUUAUAUAGAAAAAGGAGGGAUGAUCGCACCUUUGCAUUUUUUAUGCAGAGAAGAUGAGCCAACUCCUACUCCUCAGUUGCUUUCUGGCAGAGGUAACGAAACUAUUCCAAGAGAUCUAAAGAGCUUCAUUAGCGCACUUGAACGAGGAGAUGAAGCUAGUUUAAAAAAAGCAGUUUUGGCAGGCUUCAAUGUAAAUUUGGUUAUUAAUGACAAGUCAUGAACGCUACUGCAUUUGGCUUGCAAGCUAAAUCAAGAAAAUUGUGUUCAAAUUUUGCUGCUAGGAGGAGCUGAUAUAGCUGCGAGUACUCAUAAAAAUAGAAACGUUAUUCACUUUGCAGCACAAAGCACUCCAAGCACACUUGUAAAUGUGCUUAUUGCAGCUGCAAGGCUACCAAAUAAACUUGAUUUAAUAAAUCAGCAAGACGAUGAAGGGAAUUCCCCACUGCAUUUUGCAGCAGCUUCUCCUGGAAGAGCAUUUCUGUGGGAAGUUCUAAUUGAAAAUGGAGCAGAUUCAAACUUAAGGAACCAGCAAGGGCUCAAGCCAGCAGAUAUUGCAUCUAUCAGUCAGCCUGGCAUCUAA